AUGAAUUAUAGUGAAUUCAUUGAUUCAUUAACGUCGUCUCACCGUAGUUUAUUAUCCAAAUUAACAACAGAUGGCCCAGAACAGCCACCAGGCUACCUAUAUAAUGAAUUAGUUGAAUUUAUAAGAAAAGAUUUGUCAAAGCUAAACGAAAUUGAAGAAUAUCUAAUCAACAAGAUAACCCGAAGAGAACCAUAUAUUAAAGUAAAGUGCCUAAAAUUAUUAAAGUUUUUGUGUAUUAAAUUUCCCAAAGAUUUUAUAAGGCCUAAAAUAACUCAGUCACCGCAGAUUCUUGAGUGCAAAAACUAUAGAGCCCCGUACGCCGAUUUCAAAUCCGAACAACUAACAAAAACAGUUAGAUCAGAGUUUGAAGAACUCAUCAAAGUCGUUUGUUCCUACGAUUCUUCAUCAAAUAACAGUUUUGGAACACCUGAAGAUAAAAUGGUUGGAUUCGGUAAUAAGGAUUACGGCCAAUAUAGCCAACCAACUAGCUAUAAUUCCGGAAAUUUCGGAUAUGCACCAAAUCCUUCAGGACAAUAUAACCCUCAGUCUUUCAGAGGUAUGGGUGGAUACGGAAACACCUCAAUGAUGGGAUUUGGGAACCCAAACAUGCCUAAAACACAACCGAAUCAGAGUUCCUCAUUCUCAUUCCCAAGUAGCCUUGCUCCAACAGUUUCAGACCUUAAAAACGCCGGAAACAACGCUCUGAAGAUGAUCAGCAAUGCAGCAAACAAGUACUUACCACCGGACUUAGUGGAGAAGUUCGAGAAGGUGGGAAAUGUAAUCACAUCUACGGCAACUGAGCAGUUUGAAAAAUACCUUGGAAACAGAACUCCAUUAGGAAGAAGUAACUCAGCAAGCUUAAAUAACUCAAUGUACAAUAGUAGAACCCAGUCAAAUAAUUCCAGCGGAUAUGGUGGUGGAAUUGGCUACAACUCCAAUCUGUCCAACUCCGGCCCAAGUUCUGGAUAUAACCCUGGAGGAUAUUACCCUCCAUCAUAUAAUACUCGACAGCCCAGUAUCUCUCCCUCUGCCGGUCAACCUUUUGCUUCAUUUCAAAGUCAGCCAAGCUUUAGCACAGUUUUACAUUCUGCGCCAAGUGCUACUUUCUCAAAUUCAGCCUCUUUAUCAUCCGUUAACCCCCCAACCGUCCCAUCACUUGAUUUGUUCGGGAAUCAGCAAGCUACUUCCUUUUCUAACCCUGUUUCACCAGCAUCUAAAGAUAGGUUUACCCUUCCAGGAGAAGUGGAGUCAUCGUUUGUGAAGGAAAUGCUAACUUUUACUGGAAUAAAGGUAUCACCGUCACCUAGGCUGAUAGAGGAGUACAUGGAAAGGCUGAACCAUAUGGACAAAGGUUUAGUAGUUGAUGAACUCCUAAAGCACCUGAAUGUUAGGUCCUCAAAGUGGCAGUACCACUUUAGGAUUUUAUGCAUUUUGGAAUCACUGGUUCUUAAGGGUAACUUGGAUGAAAAGACCCUGACUCAGCUCAGAACAACCGCAGUGCCCAUUUUCGAGAAGUGUAAAGCUGAAACUCAACUUUCAAAUAAAGCAACCAAGCUAAUCAAUCUGUUGAACACAAACAGGAAUGUUGAAAGCAAAGGUCACAGUGGAGUUAACACUGACAACUUAAUUGAAACUGACUCAUUUGAUAAAGAUGUCUGUGCUUCAGACAUUUCAGACGUGUUUAAGAAUGAUGCAAUGGGCUUGUUUACCAAUAAAACAGAACCACUCUCAAAUGUUAAUCCCACCAGUUUGGGUUCUAAAAAGAAUACUUUAGACCCACUUGACUCCAAAGUGAACGAAUUCGACUUAUUAUUCAACUCAGAUACCAAGUCCAGCUCUAAAUUAUCUGAUUCCGCCGAUCGUAGUGUAAAUGUUCCAAACUCAAACUUGUCCAAGCAGGAAUUCAAAGAUGAUUUCUUAGGCCUUGACCUUUCCUUAGAAAAGCCAACACCAAACUUAAAACCUGAAAACUUAAGUGGAAAUCCCAUCAUCAGCAACAUUGACAAUAAUCUCGACCUCUUUGACAACGUCGAUCUGUCGAACAUCCUGGACAAAAAAACAGAAACCUUCGAGUUUCUUCAAAACAAGAAAGAUAAUUUCGACUUAAUAUAG